AUGGCGCCAAACAUCCCAACCGAGCAAUGGGCCCAAGUUGUUGAAGAAACCGGAAAGCCUGUUGUCUACAAGAGAAUCCCAGUUCAGAAGCCAGGCCCCGACGAAGUCCUCAUCAACAUUAAAUACUCCGGUGUCUGCCACACAGAUUUACACGCUGUCAACGGUGACUGGCCAUUGGAGACCAAGCUCCCCCUUGUCGGUGGUCACGAAGGUGCUGGUGUUGUUGUAGCACGUGGAUCUCUCGUUGAGGACGUUGAAAUUGGUGACUAUGCUGGUGUCAAGUGGCUCAACGGUUCUUGCCUAAACUGUAGCUUCUGUCAACAAUCCGAUGAGCCACUUUGCCCAAAGGCGCUGCUCUCAGGUUACACCGUCGAUGGCAGUUUCCAGGAAUACGCCAUUGCCAAGGCCGCACACGUCGCUCGCAUCCCCAAGGACUGUGAUCUUGAGUCUAUCGCGCCAAUCCUCUGUGCCGGUAUCACCGUCUACAAGGGAAUCAAGGAAUCAGGAGUACGUCCAGGGCAGACCAUUGCUAUUGUUGGUGCCGGUGGUGGACUUGGAUCAGUCGCAUGCCAAUAUGCCAAAGCUAUGGGUCUCGACAUCAUUGCUAUCGAUGCUGGUGAUGAUAAGAAGAAGAUGACUGCUCAGCUUGGAGCCCAGCACUUUGUUGAUUUCUCCACCAGCAAGAACAUCGUCAGUGAUGUGAAGGCUGCCACCACCGAUGGCCUCGGACCCCACGCAGUCCUUUUGGUUGCUGUCAACGAGAAGCCAUUCCAACAGGCUGCCGAGUACGUUCGUCCUCGUGGCACCGUCGUUUGCAUCGGUCUCCCAGCCGGCGCAUAUCUCCGUGCACCAGUCUUUGAGUCAGUCGUCAAGAUGAUCACUAUCAAGGGCUCCUAUGUUGGUAACAGACUUGACUCCGCUGAGGCCAUCGAGUUCUUCAGACGUGGUCUGAUCAAGGCACCAUUCAAGACUGUUGGCUUGUCAGAACUGCAGAGUGUUUAUGAACUCAUGCACGAGGGUAAGAUCGCUGGACGAUACGUCGUGGAUUGCUCACGCUAA